AUGGCCUUCCUCGAGGACCCGCGGCUGCGCCAGCGCUGGAACCAGAUCUCCCACAACGCCGAGGCCGUGACCGAGAACGCCGCGGCGGGGAUAUGGACCUUUCAGAACCAGUACAUCGGGCCCUGCCUCGCGUCCAUCGCCCAGUCGAUUGACUCGUGCACGGGCGUGUGCUUUGGCGACCGCGAGGAGCGCGCGCGCCGGGCCCGGGAGCGGGAGCGCGGCGCGAGGGGCAGCCGCGCCGAGUUCAGCUUCGACUUCUACGACGACUGGGACGACGACGACGCGGCGCUGGCCGAUACCUUUGGCGGCGGCAGCGGCGGCGGCCACGGCCUGCUCGGCAGCUGGGGCGGGGGCCGCAGCGAAGACUGGGACAGGCUGCUGGCGGGCACGGGCUCGCGGGGCCGGCACACGAUCGGCGCGUCGGCGGGCGAUGUCGUCGACCAGCCGAGGAGGAAGAGGGGCAUGAGCUACGGCACGCGGGGCAGCAGGAGGAAAUCCGUUGAGCACGACCCGACCAUCAUCCCCAGCACGGCGCCGCUGGGGUUCUUGAGCAAACUGCCGUUCAAGAUUGGCGGCACGCUACGAUACAAGCCCAGCGCGGCGAACCUCAAGGACCACCCCAGUGGUCCGACGCACCCUACGGAUGAACACGAGCCGCUGCUGGCCACUGAUGAUGAGGAUUACACGCACAACCUGAUAGAACCGCAGAGGAGGAAGCGCAGCGGCACGACGGGCUCUGGAGACACGUCCGACUCAUACCGGUCGAGAGGCGAUCUCUUCCCAAGCGACGGAGAGGGCGACGAGGACGCAGUGCCCAUAGAUGACGAGUUUGCCGUGGCAUUGGACCGGGUCGACGAUCGGAGCAGCGGCAAGACGCGGCUCAGCAAGGGCAAGCGAAGGGAGAGCUACAGGACCAUGUCCAGAAGCGCGUCGGGCACGACCAUCAUGUCGCAGCGCUCCAAUGGAUCCCUCAUAAAGCACCCGAGCACCACCUCUCUGCCCGUAGAGGAGGAGGCGGCCGAGGAUGCUGACCAGUCGCUCCAGGACCUGCGGCGCGAGGAGGAGCGCGUGCAGAGGGAGGAGGACGGCGAGAUCGAGCGGAAGCGCUUGGCUGCGGCAGAGCUCGCGCGCCGGCGUGGCCUCAGCACAGGCAACCUCAAGGGCACUGCUGGCGAGGUAACGACCCGGGUUCCUGAGGUUGCGGUUGACGAGGAUGUUCCGGAGCAGGCUGCGCUUGGAGCGACCGACACCAGAGAGAACAUGGGUGAAGCUGAGAAUUCGACGAGCGAAGUUCCGCAACGGGGAGACCAGGCUGAAAGCCAGGAAGAAGAGACCGAAGAGGGUUUCGUGCCGGCUCGAUUGCCGUACUUCAGAUAG